UUUCUAGGUAGAUACGUUGUUGCGAAGGGCGCGUAAAGCAGUGUGAGUCUAAUGGUGGCCACGAGAAUCUGGAAGGGAAAAAAGGAAGAGGAAAAAGAUAUGACAGCAUAAUUGAGUAUGCAAGCUAACUUAAAAGAUAUUGGUUGGAUGUAUCAUGUUGUACCACUGCGAAAGAAUAAAGUCCCACAAGAAGUUCCACCAAUAUCACAAAUUCCGAAUAUCGGUUUUAUGCUGGAAGACGCUUAUCCUGAAAAAAAGCAUGCCAUGUAUUUUAAGUCAACUGAUUCCCCAUAUGUUCAGUUAUCUAAAAUGGGAGGGAGACCAGAUUUGUUAUGCUUUAAAGAGAAUGAGCGGAAUCGCGGACCACCUAUACCUUAUUGUCGGUGUGAAUGGUAUUAUUUAGAAGACAAUGCAUUAGAAGAUAAUCAAAACGCUACAACAGGGCCAAAACAUGUUUUUAAAGCACCAUUCUAUAUGUUAGAUAGUUCAGUGUGCUCAACUAGCGAGAACGGAAUCACAAAGCCAAUUGUCAGCACUGAACCACCAUCUAUAUCAACACCGAAGAAAACAAAUAAGUUUGAUAACUUACCGUCACGCAGACCUGGGUAUGCGGAAGACAACAGAAAGCCAAGUAAAGUGUCAAUAGCCAAAUACGCACAAGACCAAAAUGAACCAGUCAGAUUUCCAAAGAAUGAUGUAACGAAAUGUAGUCUUACCAAUUUGUCGAAACUUAUCGCUAAUGAAAACACCUCGGACUAUGAUUACUAUCACAAACAAUGGGAAGAAGUAUAGAAUUACUACAAAAAUAAAAAUUUUUGCAUGCUGAAAAAAUCACCAUUCAAGAAGAUAGCUAUUGCUCCUGUUGGGAAUGGUGGUAAAUUUUAAAAGAGAGGAUAUACUUUCGAUGAUGGUGUAUUUUCAGUGUAGAUAAACAGCAUGGCAUGCAGAAAGAGAAGGCUUAACAAGGUUUUAUCCUUAGUUUUUGGUAAUCGAUACUGAAGUGACUUAUCCAUCUGUCCACUAAAAAUAUUUUCCUUUGAAAUUAAUUUCAUUUACGUCUUUAAAAAUGUAAUUAAAUAUAUGCUAGAUCAGUUAAACAGAUUUCCCACUGCCUGUCAGAAAAGUUAAGUUUAACAUAAAAAGGUGACGAUAGUGAGAAAACCAACAAAAGAGAAUUUUCAGAGAAGGGAAAUUAGACAUGCAGAGACACAUCUGAAGCCAAUUUUGUCCCACCUAGUAUUUUCCACAUAGAAAACCAAUGGCAUCAGUUUCAUAAUCAGUGUGAACUCAGAUCAGCCUGUUAUUGUGAGAACUCUGCUAGACCAGCUACAAGGUUGUGAUAAACAAAUAAGCUCUUAAUGGGAAAUCAAAUGUUGUUGUUUCGCUGGCACUGAGUAGGAAAGUGAUUAACUAUCUAGCUUCAAGAUGAGACAAAUCACCACUUUUUGCAGUGACAUUGUAUUGAUUACUAGUCAAUCUAUCUCAGACAUUCAUAGUUGGACAGAUUGAUAUUAUUGAUACUGAGUGAUUAUUGAAGGUGAAAUGAAAAUCUUGGCGGUGACAGGAUCCCUUAACCACUGGGUCAGAUUCUGCGGCAAUUCAGGCUUUCACUUCACCUUCAACCACUAUCCAGUACUAAUCUUCCAAACUACAGCUAUUUCAG